AAUAUAACGAAAUGCCAGUGCUAAAGGCAUGUUGAGGUUAACAUGAACUUAGAGCACAGGACAGCUUUGAGUUUAGUACUGUUCAAGCGUUGCGUCGGGUGUGUCUUGACUCGUGCGUACGAUGAGGUGGUGUGCUAUUAUAGUUCUUGCGAUUUGUUACGGAUUGUGUGAUGCUAAUAAACCAAAGGCAAACAAACCAUCACGACUGAAUGAUGUCGGAUCAAAGGCCAAUUACUAUGAAAAAAAGAACAGGGCUCUAACAAUACCUAUUAUUGUACAUUUAGACAGAGCGGUAGCAAUCAAACAUGCAGACAUAAAGAAGUACAGACGGACGAAAACGCUCAAAACUGCAUUCAGGAAGAUUUUCAAAGAAGUUGAGGAGUUCUACAGACGCCCAAGCUUGAAUAUGACCGUCAAUAUCAAGCUGAUUGACGUGAGAGUGCUGAAGAAGAAUUACAGCAAACAAGCCGAGGAGAAUGUUUCGAAAUAUUUGCAGAAAUACUGCCGUUGGCAAGGUCUAGUGAAGACCAAAAGACAGAAACUGUGGUAUUCCAUUUUAUUUACCGGAUUGGAUAUGUUUUAUUUGGACGGGUUCGGCAAGAAAGUUACUACUAGUACAGGUCGAGGCUAUAUGAAAGGAAUGUGCAGUGUCAACAACAGCUGCACUCUGUUAGAGUGGCACCCUGACCACAUAGCGUAUGUUCUGGCGCACGAAAUGGCUCAUAGUCUCGGCGUAUCCCACGAUGGCAUCAAUGAAUGUAAUGACCAGCGGUACAUAAUGGACGCGCUCUACCACCCAGAGAAUCCAGCCAAAAACUGGUCUACGUGCAGCAAAAGAAAUCUUCGACAGUACUUAAUGAGUCCAGGCGCGUGGUGUCUUCGACCAGAAGGACGGAUCCAUGUUUUAUAAGACUGAAAUAUAAAAUAAAUGUUUUUAUUUUUA